CAGCAAUCAACAUCUCGGCGUCAAGAUUGCUCAAAAAGGAUACCCACUGCGUGUGAAGUGAAUUGAGAUAUCUACCUUGGCAACAUCCAAAAUUGGCAACGUUUGGCCAGAAGCGACUGUCCAACAUCACCUGCCAACACUACACCACCCAACGUAUCUAUCACCUGAGCUCGCGCCGUAAAAGGACGAACAUCAAUCGUUGAGCUGCAACUGUGCUGUGGCCCAUACACUACAUAAAAUACGACAUGCCACCACCAAAAUCCGUCUUCACAUCUCACGAACGCAACGCCCUCAAGGACCGAUGGGGCUCCCAAGCAACCCGUCUAACGCGUGAUUCCUUCUUGCCAUUCGGCUCCUGCCAGCUAUGUCUUCUCCCGUCCGUCGACCCAGUAUGCUGUCCGCACGGCGACCUGUUCUGCCGCGAGUGCGCCAUGACCAAUCUCCUCGCGCAGCGCAAGGAAAUGAAGAGAAUGGAAAAGCUCGCCGAGCGCCAAAAGCUCGAAGACGUGGACCAGAAAGAGCGAGAAGACGAGGCAGCGCGAGUACGUUCAGUACAGGAGUUUGAAGCCGUGCAGAUGGGGUUAUCAGUCAAAGUAGGCGGUGCAUCACGUAUCGUGGGCAGAGAAGACGGGGAAAUCAUCGUAGAGCAGGACGCGCCGAAAUCCGGGGAAGACAGCAGCGAAAGCAGAGGCACGAAGCGCAAAUUCCGCAUCGACGAAGAAGAACUAAAACGCAUCGCCUCUGAAGAACAAUCAAAGGCAAAACGCACCUUGUCUGCCGAGCGCACCGCCGCAAAAGGACACCUCCCCAGCUUCUGGGUCCCAGGCGAAACCCCAGAUCAGCACCACAAGCACCUCGACAAGGCAAAACACACGCCAACAUGUCCCUCCAGCAACCCCUCACACCCGCACAGCCUCUCCUUGAAAACCCUCACGAGCGUAAAUUUCCACGAGGAAAAGUCUACCACGGAACCGGGGAAGAGCUCCCGCACGUGUCCUAGCUGCCAAAAGGCUCUGUCGAAUGGCACCAAGGCCAUGCUUGCUAUUCCGUGCGGACAUGUCUUGUGCAAGCCUUGCGUCGACAGGUUUCUCACCCCGGAACAUCGGCACCAGCGACAUGCGCAUGAUGAGCCGGCUGAGCUAGAUGCGGUACAUUGCUAUGUUUGUGAUGCGGAUCUCUCGCGCACUGCAUCGGACGCGACGCAGAAUGGGGACGAGGGGGCCAAGAAGAAGAAGGACAAGGGGCUGAAGCCGGGUCUUGUUGAGAUUCGCAGUGAGGGGACGGGGUUUGCGGGCGGCGGGCAGGCCAUGGUUAAGAGGGAGGGUGUGGCAUUCCAGGUGUAAACUAAUAGACUUGUUUCAUAGAGGAAGAAUCAUUGA